CUCAAAGCCGAUAUCUAGGAAAUGGAGAAAUAAAUCAUCUAUUUAUGACUGUAUACCGUGAUGUAAAACCUAGUCUAAUCGCACUAUCAAUAGUUUCUUCUUGGACAUGGACCUCUACUUUACUUCAUUCGUCUACAGUUGCGUAUAAAUAUGGGAUAUCUGGGUUUUCAUCUUAUAUUGGCUCAGCUGACAAAAUGUAUGAUCUUUUGGUAAAUGCCUCAUCACGUAAUAAAGUUCCAUAUAAUGAAGAUGGAUCAUACGUCACGUUAUCUUCAUUUCAAGGAUUAUAUUUUGGGAUUAUCGGUAUUAUUGGAAAUUUUGGAACAAUCUUUGCUGAUAAUGCUUACUGGCAACGCGCAAUAGCUGUUCGAACAUCUUCCACUGUGAAAGCUUACUUAAUUGGCGGAUUGUCUUGGUUUGCUAUUCCUUUUACUUUGGCUACAUCCAUGGGAAUUUCUGGUAUAGCUUUGGUUGAAGCUGGCCUAAUGGAUCCAUUGACGGAUGAGGAUUUAUCAGCUGGAUUGGUGCUUCCAACAGCUGCGGCUGUACUUUUAGGAAAACUUGGCGCAGUUGCUGUAUUGGUAUUGACUUUUAUGGCAGUCAUGAGAGCUGAUGAAGAUCAAUUAAACACACAAUCAUACCUUUCAUAUAUUGUUUCUGGUAUUGCAAUGAGCGUAAUUUCUUCAAUACUACAUUAUAUCGGUGUUGACUUAGGUUAUAUGUAUUUAUUUAUGGGCAUUAUUACUUCUCCGGUAGUCAUUCCAAUUUUUAUCACUUUAACAUGUGAUAAGGAAAAUCUUUAUGGUAUUAUUGGAGCUGCAAUAUUAGGACUUGUAGCUGGAAUAUCUGUUUGGUUAGGUGUCGCUAAACAUAUUUUUGAUGAAAUUUCAAUUAAAUCAACUGGCAGCAAUUAUCCUAUGUUAUGUGGAAAUAUUGCAUCAAUAACGCUUUCAGGUAUAGUCGCAAUUAUGUGGUCUAUAUUUUCUUCACCAGGUCAUGCACUUGGAAAAGUUAAACAAGUAUUGGAAAUAAUGGCUAGUGACGAAGUUUAUAUCAGAGAUGAAUCCCAAGA